CGGGCUGCGCUCCUCCCUCCCGCCCCGGGAGCGCCCGGCGGGGUGACAGCCCUGCCCUGCCCUGCCCUGCCCUGCCCUGCCCAGCCCAGCCCAGCCCAGCCGCCCCGGCCGGGGCUGCGGAGGCAGCUCCCGCUCCCGCCUCGGCCCCUCUGGCUGCCGGGACGAAGAGAGGCGGGAGCUGCCACCCCCGCGCCCGCCAUGUGGAAGCUCAACAAGAGCAGCAAAGUUCUGCUGGACGACUCGCCCGAGGAGGAGGAGACGCGUCCCCGCGGCCCGCCGCCGGCCGCCGCCUGCGCCGCCGCCGCCUUCGCGGCCCCCCAGAAUAAAGACCAGUUUCUUCAUGAUGAAGUUUCAUCUUCAGUGUCACAACUUGCAACAAAGGUUCAAGGUGCGAGUUUCCGGGGUUGGAAGGAAGUGACGUCUAUGUUCAAUAAAGACGAUGAACAGCAACUGCUAGCGGGAUGCAAGUCUCCAAAAUCCAAAGGGACAAAUAUAAAGUUAAAGGAAGAGAUGAAGUCUGAAAAGAAGCCGGGUUUUUGGGACAGUUUGGUGAUAAAGCAGAAUGUCCAGUCUAGGAAACCAGAUGAGAUUGAGGGAUGGGAACCACCACAGAUUACCGCUGCUGACUCUACCAGUGAGGCAGCAACUACUUUAAGUGACUACACAGCCUGGUCAGGCUGGGAAGAUGAAACCAAAGGCUCCACAAAAUACACAAACCUGGCCAGCUCAGGAAACAGUUCCAGGUGGAGUAUCAAAUCAGCUGGAAAGCUGGUUAGUAUUAGACGUCAAAGCAAAGGUAACCUUACUGACAACUGGGAAGAACUAGAAUGAUACUGGUAAGGUGAAAUACUUUAUAGAUAAGACGAGAAAGGUUCCAUGAUUUACUUGUAUGUUUAAACCAAAAUCAAAUCUGCUCAAUAUUGCACCUUUAUACAGUACUUCGUUUUAUUCAGAUUGUUACAAAUUUUUGCUCACCUGACAGUAAAUUUUCUUAUUACAUUGUUAAAUAGCUAUGUUUUCCACACUGAAAAAAAAGUAGAGAAUCUAUUUUGUGCCUAUAUUUCACAUUCAGACUCUACAGUAUGUUGGAUUGUUGGUUUUACCAAAAAAAAAUGUAAUUCCUUAGUGAAUGUAUACACUGGUUGUAAAUUUGACUGCCUUAUGUAGGAACUUCCACUAACUUGGGGUCUGUUGUUUUGUUUUUUUUGUGUUUUUUUUUUUUUUUUUUCCCCCCUGGUAUUUGAGGGCCACUCAAAGUUUUAGUUUUGAUGCUGUCUCUUUUUAAUUAAGAAUACUGAUCUGUUGCUUGCAGGGAGAAUGCUUAUACUUAGUAGCCUGUUUUCCAAAUCUUCAGCCUCAGCAUAUGCUUCAGCUUGUGCAUACAAGAUGCUCACCUGUCACAAUGUGCUAUACUGUGUAUGAAAUGGGAAAAUACUAUUCUAAUGUAAUUCUUUUCCUCACAGGAUAUUCACCAAUAGUCAGGUCAAAUGGGUCUUCCAGAGUUUUUUUUUAAUAUUGAACAUUGUUUGACAAAGUUAAACUGCUCAGUUUUUAAGAUGCAUGUUAUGCCAAAAGUAAAAAUGAUUGAAAAUUUGGAAAGCAGCAGUGAGUUAGAGUAUAAGAUGAUCUUGAUAUUCAGUAUCUGUAGUUCUGAAUCUAGGGAUAAGUUGCCUCUUAUGGAAGGGUGCGUUUGGUUUGUUUUUUUUUUUUUUUUCAUUUUUACAAUAGCUGAUCCUUGUUCUACAAAGAGUUUGUUUUGCUUUGUACUGUGUUCUUCCCCCCCCCACUGGCAUUUUCAGGGUAACUGAGUAACUGAGCCAUUGCAAGUAUGUGCAUGCACACAACUUCUGAAACAUUUUUGUUAUACAGCUUUGUCUUAUUAGCUACUGAUAUUUUAAUUUUUUGGUAAAAGAAGGUGAAGCGUUAAACUUGAGAUUUGAAAUGUAUAUAGGAAUACUAAAAGUGCCUCUUUCUAGCAUAUUGUCUCUCACUAGCAGUGCGGCUGAUGUCAGAUCCAAAGUUGGUUUCUAUUUUGUUUAUAUCUAUAUAAAUACUACUUUAACAUUCAUGGAAAAAAAUCAAACCAAAAGUUUCAUAAGAAAUGAACAGUAGGCCUUUUCUCUCCUGAUUGUUAAACUGGUAUAACAGAACUGAAAACUUGUUGACUGCCUAGCAAUAUGGCCAGUACAGUUGGAAGAUCAAGUUAAUAUUUCAGAGAUAAUCAACGUUUUUACAGGAAAGCAUAUACCUUUAUAUAAUGGAUGUCUUGUAAACAUAUUUUUGCAAGAAGCUUCUGCUGAUGAAAAGGGAUGCAUGCAAUUUUCUUCUAAGCUUGUUCCUUCUUUCUGUUACUGCCACAUUACUCCUUUCUUAGCUCUCUCUUUCUCUCCCGAUUCAUGUAUAAUUUUCUGGCUUGCAGUUCCUGCAUAGCUGUUUUUUGGAGAUUCCUGUUGAGAUGUGCCUGGAGGGAAACUGUAGCAAAAUGGGUUUGUUUCUGGUGGUUUUUUUUGGUUUUGUUUUUUUGGGGUUGGUUUUUCUUUUUUUUGUUUUGUUUUGUUUGUUUGUUUCCUUUUUUUUUUUUUUUCUGGUAUUAAUAGUAUGUUAAAAGACCUUGUUCUUAAGUUUAUAUACAAGAACACCAGUGUUUUGUGCUACAAAACAGGAUCUUGUAACUGGCAAAUGUAUUUGUAAAAUUGGCAUUAUAUAUUAAAAAAAUACUAAUAGAGGAGAAAGGGUUACCAUUUAUAUUGCAUCAUUUAGUCUGUGAGUAAACUCUGUAUUUGCCUUUGGCAAAUACAUACGCUGAGGUUAAUUAUAGGAAAGAAUUAGUAUUCUUGGGUCAAGUAUGCUGCAUUUUAUAGUUUAUGGAAUACCCUCUAAGGCAUGAGCUAGUAUUUAGUUUGGUUAUUGGUGCUGACCUGAAAACAGAAAAAGAUCUGCUAGCAGCCCUCGAUAUUUUGCUCUCAAAGAUGCUGAGCAAAAUCUUUGCUCAGCAAAGAUGCUGAGAACUUUAAAUUUCCCUCCUGAAGAAACUAUUUAUACUGUGACUAGUAAAGGUUUUGCCUUGCACAUUAUACUGUCAAGUGCCUGUUUCUCACCUUGAUGAUGUGUUUGAUGCACAGCUUAACUGCAACAUUGUUCAAUUUGUUUUUCAAUGUGUGGUAAAGAAUAUGUUCACAAACCUGAAGCCUACUACAAAACAAAAUUGCAUCCAAGUGGGAAAUUGAGAUAUGUAAACUUAGUUUAACUCCUAGUGAUGAAAGUUUUGGUGUGUGUAAGUGAUAUUUCCUCAGAAAUAACCAUUCUAAGGAUGAACAUUAUUAAAUUUAAUAUAAUUUAUUGUUAUGCUUUAAUUAAUGUAUUUGUCUUUGGAGAUCUCACUGGUGUGAGCUCCUCUUAUGUUUAUAAACUUGUCUGAAUUUUCAGAAUGGGGUCUUCUUUUCUUUUACCUUCUUUAGAUGCUUAACUACACUAUACAUUUAUGGGCUUAAUCUAUACACAGCUCCGUAUGUGGAAUAAGUGUAGAAUACGUCCCUUAAUAUUUGUUUUGAAAUUGCAUUUCAAUCUAUGUGAAAUGGUUUAGAACGUAGCAUUAAGAUUGUAUGAUAAGAUUGCACAAAAUAAAAUAUAGUUUAUAUUGCUUUCUCAUAGCCAAUCUGCAUGAUUGUUGGCGUGGUUUUAAUGGGAAUUAAAAGCUUCCUGUGGCUGUAACUAGUCACUUAACUCUAA